UGUCACGAUAGUUGAGGUGGAUGGGUAGUCGCGUGGAUGACUUGCUAGUCAAAUAGAAGUCUAGAUCUGUUCUCCUCCAGUAUAGAAAGGGACACUUUUCUUCAUCAGUCUCUUCACUUUUCCUCUCUUUUUCAAUUUUGAUCAGUUGUCGAAGGCAGUUUAGUUACUAAACAGACUUUGCGGGGUAUCACGCUGCGUUCCGAAGACAUUCCGAAUCAGAAUCACAGGACACAUCACCGCCAUGGUUACAAUUACAGGUGUUGAGACGAAGGACGUGCGGUUUCCGACAUCCCUCGACAAGACUGGCUCCGAUGCUAUGAAUGCCGCUGGAGAUUACUCUUCAGCUUACUGCAUCUUGCACACCGACUCAGAGUUCAAAGGUCAUGGCAUGACUUUCACAAUCGGCCGUGGAAAUGAGAUUGUAUGCACCGCCAUCACCCACCUAGCAGACCGCAUCAAAGGCCACACUCUCGACUCCCUCGUCGCCAACUGGGGCAAGACAUGGCGCCAUCUGGUCAAUGACUCCCAACUUCGCUGGAUCGGCCCCGAAAAAGGCGUCAUCCACCUCGCCCUCGGCGCCGUCGUAAACGCCAUCUGGGAUCUCUGGGCUAAAUCUCUCGGGAAGCCCGUCUGGCGCAUAGUCGCAGAUAUGACGCCGCAGCAAAUCGUCGACCUAAUCGACUUCCGCUACAUAACCGACGCCCUAACCCCAGCUGAAGCUCUCGAAAUCCUCACAAAAGCUGAAGCAGGCAAGAAAGAACGCCUCCAGGAAGCCCUCGACAGCCGCGCCGUACCCGCCUACACCACGUCUGCGGGCUGGCUGGGCUACGGCGAGGACAAGAUGCGGAGUCUGCUCCAGGACACGCUGUCGAAGGGGUACAGGCAUUUUAAGCUCAAGGUGGGAAGUGAUAUUGCGCAGGAUAAACAGCGUCUGAGCAUCGCGCGCGAGAUUAUCGGGUUUGACCGCGGAAACGUGCUCAUGGUUGAUGCGAAUCAGGUGUGGAGUGUGCCCGAGGCGAUUGAGUAUAUGAAGGAGAUGAAGGAGUUUAAGCCGUGGUUUAUUGAGGAGCCGACGAGUCCUGAUGAUGUCCUCGGCCACAAAGCCAUCCGCGAAGCCCUCAAACCCUACAACAUCGGCGUCGCCACCGGUGAGAUGUGCCAAAACCGCGUCAUGUUCAAGCAGUUCCUCGCCUCGGGCGCAAUCGACAUUUGCCAAAUCGACGCGUGCCGUCUCGGUGGCGUAAACGAGGUCAUCGCCGUGCUCCUCAUGGCUGCCAAGUUCAACAUCCCCAUUGUACCGCACUCUGGUGGCGUGGGUCUGCCAGAGUACACACAGCACCUUUCUACGAUUGAUUAUGUGGUGGUGAGCGGCAAGAAGAGUGUGCUUGAGUAUGUGGAUCAUUUGCACGAGCACUUUUUCCACCCGAGUAGGAUUGAGAAUGGGUACUAUGUUACGCCUAUGGAUCCCGGGUAUUCGGUUGAGAUGAAGCCUGAAAGUAUGGAGAAGUUUAGUUUCCCUGGUGGUAAGGAUGGGUGGUGGCAGUCUGAGGAGGCGAGGCCGAUUUUGGAGGGUGUGAAGAUUUAAAUUGGUGUUGGGAGUUGAAAAGUAGAAAUAUGAUUCAUGUUUUUUUUUGCAGUGCUUAUUUUGAGACAUGUAUGGUGUGGUUUGAUGUAGUUGUGGUUUCAAUGAGUUCUGUCUUUGGGAACGUGGGGUAAAUCGUGUCAGAAGACGCUAAGUGGGUAUAUUUCUUGUAUGUCAUAUUUUACCGUCUAAUAGGUCGAGUGAUAUGAGGAAUGCAAGUAACUUCGUUUGUGUUCAGCUAUGGACACAUGUGGGCCAACUUC